CAGGAGCCUACAAAUAGGGAUGCCCCCCAUCCAUUGCCUACCACAGCUGAGAAGCUAGCCCAGUGUGACCAUGACGAUGUCCUUGGAGCAAGCUGUGGCUGCCAUUGUGUGUACCUUCCAACAGUAUGCAAGUCGUGAAGGGGACAAGUACAAACUCUCCCAAUGUGAGCUGAAAGAGUUGCUGCUGAAGGAGCUACCCACUCUAUCCCCGACGCGGCUCCGGGAGUGUGACUACAACAAUUUUUUGAGCUUGAUGGAUACUAACAAGGACUGUGAGGUGGAUUUCACUGAAUACGUCCGCGCUCUGGCCUGUCUCUGCCUCUACUGUCAUGAGUACUUCCGGGACUGUCCCCCUAAACCUCCUUGUCCUUAGCAACCCCAUAAGUGGGAUGGAUCAGGGAUGGGGAACAAUAAAGUGAAUUGAUGCAUGGGAAAGAGCUUUAAGAUGAGUGUUAUAUCCCUGUCUACCUAGAGAUUGUCUUAUAGAGAAUGAAUGGUCACUUGUUAGUUCUGUGGAAGACCAGAUCCUCCUUUGAGGAUGAUUUGGACCACAUAACCUUUGAGGUCUCAUAAUCUAGACAUGUCUUGAUCUGUCUCAACUUUCAAUUUGAUUUAUGACUCUUAGGAAAGAAAUUUCCCUUCUCAUCUUCCAUCUCUGUUGCAAUACCUUAGCCUUCCCCUUGGAUCUGUGGUAUUCUGUCAUAAUGCAAGAAUACAUUUAAAAAGUAUUUUGGGGAGGUAAAGAGCCAAUAUAGAGAGAUGGUGGGAUUAGUAGGAACAAGAUACUAGAGAUGGAAUUCCUUUCAUUGUUAAUAUGCUCACCAUUGUGAAUGAUCUCUCAAUAAAAUGGCUGUUGUUCCAGCACC